UGACGUUGAAAACCCCAACUCUCACAGAUAAACAGACAAGGACGUGUUUGGACUCUUCAUUUAUCAUUCCAAAAAUUCGUAGGCAAAGAAAUAUAUAGAUACACACCGAGAGAGAAAGAGACCUUAGCUUUGCUUUGAUAAGGGCAACAAUGGUUGCUGGGAAGGUAAAACUCGCUAUGGGUUUCCAAAAAUCACCUUCAAAUAAGAAACCAGACUCGUCGCCAUUGCCACCGCCGCCAACGGCGACGAAGGUUCCUCAGAAAGGGGCGGUGUUCUCGAGGUCGUUUGGCGUCUACUUCCCACGCGCAACCACUCAGGUCCAGCCUCGUCCACAGGACGUCAUGGAGCUCCUCCAACUCGUCGAAGACUUGCGCGAGAGAGAGUCUCGAUUGAAAACUCAACUCCUAGAACAAAAGCUUCUGAAGGAGUCCGUGGCGAUCCUACCACGCCUCGAAACAGAGAUCUCCUUGAAAGACGCAGAGAUUGAGCGCUUCGUGGAGAAGAUGGAGUGUUUGGAAGUCGAGAAUAACAGGUUGAUGCAAGAAAUGGAGCUUUUGCACACCAAGGUUUUCGAAGAGAAGAGCGAGAAUGAGAAGAAGGUGAAAGCAAUGGAAGCGGAGAUUUCAGAUAUGAAGAAAGCCCUAACGGAGCGAAGAAGGAUAGCAAUAGCAGAGAGUGACGAAUUCUCAUCAUCGCAGAGGUUUCAGGAAUUGAUCGAUGUGUCUGUGAAGUCAAAUCUGAUAAAGAAAUUGAGAAAGGGGGCAAAAUUGAGCGACAUUGGUCCGAUUCACGAGAAUAGCAACAGGAAUGAGGCUGUGGGGUUGAACAGAGAAGAAAUUGUUGAAGCUGAGACAUCUGAGUCUGUUAUCACAGUAAAAUCUCGUGGACCUAGGGUUCCAAAACCCCCUCCGAGACCAUCCUCGCCAUCAUCGUCUUCUUUAUCAUCCACAUUGUCUACGUGUUCGUCUUCUUCAUUUUCAUCUCACGGUUCUUCAAUCGGCGCAGUUGAUCGAGAGCUAGCAGAACCGUCGUGUAUUACACCUGCGCCGCCUCCGAAGGCUGCGCCACCACCGCCUCCGCCACCGCCACUGCUAGCGAAAGGGUUGAAGUCUGUGCCGUCAAGGGUUAGAAGAGUGCCGGAGGUGGUGGAGUUCUACCACUCGCUAAUGCGGAGGGACUCACGGCGGGACUCUGGCGGAGGCGCUCCGGAUGGUCCGGCGCCGGCCAACCCUCGCGACAUGAUCGGGGAAAUCGAGAACCGGUCGGCGCACUUGCUCGCCAUUAAGACAGACGUAGAAACACAAGGUGAUUUUAUCAGGUUUUUGAUCAAAGAAGUUGAGGAUGCUGCAUUUACAGACAUUAAGGAUGUCGUGCCUUUUGUUAAAUGGCUUGAUGAUGAGCUAUCUUACUUGGUUGAUGAAAGGGCUGUGUUAAAACAUUUCAAUUGGCCAGAGCAAAAGGCCGAUGCAUUGCGAGAAGCUGCAUUUGGGUAUUCUGAUCUCACGAAGAUUGAAUCCGAGGCUUCUUCCUUCCAUGACAGUGCUCGCCAGCCCUGUGCCCUUGCUCUUAAGAAAAUGCAGGCUUUGUUUGAAAAAUUAGAACACGGCGUUUACAAUCUCUCCCGAAUGAGAGACUCUGCUACUAAGCGAUAUAAGGUUUUUCAAAUUCCAAUAAAUUGGAUGCUUGAUGCAGGAUAUGUUAAUCAGAUGAAGCUGGCAUCCGUGAAAUUAGCCAUGAAGUACAUGAGGAGAGUGUCUUCAGAGCUCGAAACAGCUGGGGGUGGACCCGAAGACGAAGAGCUGAUAGUGCAAGGUGUAAGGUUUGCAUUCCGGGUGCAUCAGUUUGCCGGAGGUUUUGACGUGGAAACAAUGAAGGCAUUCCAAGAGCUCAGGGAUAAAGCCAGAUCGUGUCAUGUACAGUGCCAGAACCAGUAACAACAGAAAUUUUUAUGCAGGUCUACACCUUGCUAAUCUGUAGCGAAAUCGGCUUCAGGAUUGCAAACAAUUUUCAUUGUAAAGAUGGAACACCAUGUCCAUGUUUGUGAAUAUACUGCCUGCGGCCAUUUUGCUUUACUCGUUAGUAAAUAUUUUAGGUGACAAAAACCAUGUAAUAAUUAUUUCUUUUUCGCUUUUUUUUUUCGUGCCAUUAACAAUUGAAAGAACAUAACUCAUGAUGUGCCAUUUUUAUUGAGAAUUUGUCAAAUGAGUUCAUAACUUCAUAUUGAUCAA